UAUGACGUCAUAAUCGCCAUGGCCAGCUAUCCCUACGGGCAGAGUUGCCCAGGAGCUGCAGGACAGGCACCUGGAGCACCCCCGGGUGGCUACUACCCUGGACCUGGGGCCCAGUAUGGGAGUGGACUCCCCCCUGGUGGUGGUUACGGAGGUCCUGCCCCCGGAGGACCCUAUGGAUACCCCAGUGCUGGAGGACUCCCCUCUGGAACGCCGAGUGGACCAUAUGGGGGUAUGCCUCCAGGGGGCCCCUACGGUCAGCCUCCUCCAAGUUCCUAUGGUGCCCAGCAGCCUGGACCUUAUGGACAGGGUGGUGUCCCCCCGAAUGUGGAUCCUGAGGCCUACUCCUGGUUCCAGUCAGUGGAUGCUGAUCACAGUGGCUACAUCUCCCUCAAGGAGCUGAAGCAGGCCCUAGUCAACUCCAACUGGUCCUCGUUCAAUGAUGAGACAUGCCUUAUGAUGAUAAACAUGUUUGACAAGACCAAGUCUGGCCGCAUCGAUGUUGUUGGCUUCUCAGCCCUGUGGAAAUUCCUGCAGCAGUGGAAGAGCCUCUUCCAGCAGUAUGACCGGGACCACUCUGGAUCCAUUAGCUCCACAGAGCUGCAGCAAGCUCUGUCCCAGAUGGGCUACAACCUGAGCCCUCAGUUCACCCAGCUCCUGGUUUCCCGCUAUUGCUCGCGCUCUGCCACUCCCGCCAUGCAGCUCGACUGCUUCAUCAAGGUGUGUACCCAGCUGCAGGUGUUGACUGAGGCCUUCCGGGAGAAGGAUACCGCUGUACAGGGCAACAUUCGGCUCAGCUUUGAGGACUUCGUCACCAUGACGGCUUCGAGGAUGUUAUGACUCAACCUGCCUAAGGGAGUGGAGCACACCAAGGGCUGUGGGCCUCUCCUCUUUUCCUCCUCCCCUAGCCGGAGCUAGGCAGACAGAAGCUUGACUGUCCUGGCUAUGGAAUGGCACAGCCUUGGGGGCACUGGUGGUGGCGGCGGUGGAGUAAGUGACUGCUCAGCUCUGGCUUUCCCCUCUACUCCCUGAUGCCAGUGCUAAGUGCUCAUCGGCUGGCCUCUUUCUGGUACUCCCUGUCAUCCUGGCACCGAGGCCACCAUGUCAGUGAGCCCAGUUUCUGCAAAGUGGAAUCAGACUGAGCAUGAGGGAGAUUUGCUGGGACCAGUGCCAGGGAUUCCUCGACUCCCACAUUUCCUGGUAUGUUAGCGUUAGUUUACCUGAGACCUUGCCUGCUAAGAAGCUUGGACAGUCUGCCAUCUCGGCCAUAUCUGAUGAGGCCCAUGACCUCCAAACCUUGGCCUGCCAUGUUCCACUCGGCUUCACUCCCCAGGAGACAGUUGUCACAUCCUACGCCAAUGUUGUUUUUAAUUUGCUUUUUUUUUUUUUUUUUUUUUCCCAGUUGGGGCCAAAAGUCCAGGAAACUAAGCUUCAAUAAAAGACUGUAGUCCCAUGU